GUAACACUAAAAAAAGACAAACGUUAACAACCAGAUUUUUCCUGAACUGAAAGUAAAAGUGAUCUGAGCACAGCAGAGCUGCAGUCGAGACAAGUCUCUUUAUAUCUCUGUUAAAACAAAUUCACCAGAAGGAUUGACUUCACAAAAACGGUGAGUACACUGACUAACAAAGAUAAAAAAACACUUUUCAGUCAACAUUUUGUUAAACUUGACCACAAAACAGUUUCAAAAACCAAAAUACAGUGACUGUACUCAGGCUCCUCUAAAUUGCACAAAGUGCUAAUGAGCUAUUUCACAGACUUUUAUCAUCGUUUUUUCAGUGAUGAAGUUUUGAUGCUUGAAAAUCUCACUGAUUGAGUUUGUUGGGCACAUUCACAUUUAAGUCAGCAGGUAUAUUCAGCCAUCACACAGAAAACACCAGAUUAACUCAUUCAGCUACUUACAAACCAGCCGAGCUCUCUGCUGCUGGAAAACGCCUGUUGGUUCCAUGAGUUCAGAAAGUGACGAGGGCGGGGUCCAUUUUUAUCAGGAAAACUUCUUCAUGACAAUUAAACCACAAAAUUCAUGUUUUACAACUUCUACAACUGUAAUUAGUCUUGGGAAGAUGUUUUAACUUGAAGCUUUUUUAUAUAUCAGAGUUUCUGCUGUUUGACUUUAUAACCAGAGUUGUUGUUCCUGUUUUAACUUGAUGGAUGGGUGUGUCUGACAUCAAACUCAAAGUCUGCUUAUUUCCUGUUAAAUAUUAACGAACAAUAAAAUUCUCCCUUAGUGCCAAGAUAUAUGAGUCAUCACAACCUGCCAACCUGAGGACGUCUCCUAACUGGUUGACUGGCUCACAGUCUUUAGAUGCGAUCACUCUGUGACUUUAAAUCUUCAUCAGAUAUUGAACUUUUUAACAGCUGGAGGUUUUCUUGACCCUCAGGAUCAUUAGUGUGUCCAAGUCCACUGACACCAGUGUUGUUUUCGUCAGGCAGGACGAAAACUUAAAUGACGACGUCAAACCCCUUUUUUCCUUGACGAAAAUGAGACUAAGACGAACGUCACCAAAGCUCUGUAAAGACUAAAAUGUGACGAAAAUUGUAUUCAUUUUCGUCAGACGAGAACGAGACGAGACUAAAUUGUUAUUAGGUGGACGAACAAAGUUUCAAAACAUGCUUUUUUUGUCCUAACAGUCACGCCCCCAUCACACACACACCAAAAGCCUCGCUCGCGCACAGCUGCGCGCACACACUCAUACACAUACACAGAGCGGCAGGUGGACGAGGCGCGCACACACACACACAUCGUGGCAGCAGGCACAGCAGCGGUGCCCGGUGGCCGAAAAAAGAGGGAUGAUUUAUGGUCCUACUUCAGAUACAGUCCAAGUGACAAUAAAACACAAUGUCUUGUACGGGGACGGGGAGACGAGACAGACUACAGUUGUGGAGCUACAGCUUCCUCAUGCUGCGGCUUCAAACUGUCGGGAAAGAACACCACGAACUUCAAAAGGCACCUUUUCGUCGACUAAAACUAGACUAAAAGCUUUUGAGUUUUCGUCGGACUGAAACUAGACGAAAACUAUCAAGGAUAGAAAUGACUAAAAUGGGACUAAAACGAAGAAGCAUUUCGUCAAAAUGACUAAGACUAAAACUAAAUCUAAAAUGCCUGCCAAAAACAACACUGACUGACACACAGAGUAUUGUGAUCAAAGUUUGACCUUCUUUGUUGUUACAUUGUUAGAGGAUGCUGUAGACUUUCAGGUGAGGUCAGAGUUCAGAUGAGUCAAAGUCUCCAGGAUUUUAAAAAUAUUGUUCUGCUUUUUCCAAAAACACUCUGCAGUCUUUCCUUUUUCCAGAUUUAGGCCAGAAUUUAACUGAAGUCACCAAAUUAUUCAUGACAGUAUCACAAUGAUGAUGACAAGGAUAGACUCAAAAAUAGAUCUACAGUAUAUGUUUAGUGUUUUAAUGUGUUGAUCUUCCACUGAUAAUCCUCAGGUUGUAAAAAUGUCUGCUGCCAGCUGUCUGCUGACUGAAGAUCAGUUCCUGUGCUCCAUCUGUCUGGAUGUCUUCACUGAUCCUGUCAGCACACCAUGUGGACACAACUUCUGUAAAUCCUGCAUCUCUCAACACUGGGAUGUCAAUGUUCCAUAUCAGUGUCCAAACUGUAACGAGGUUUUCGACAGAAGACCAGAGCUGAAGAUCAACACCUUCAUCUCUGAAAUGUCCGCUCAGUUCAGACAGUCAGCUCAUCAGGAAGCCAGCAGCAGCAGCUCAAAGGAACAAGUUUCCAAACCAGGUGAAGUUCCCUGUGAUGUCUGCACUGGAACCAAACUCAAGGCCCUCAAGUCCUGCCUGGUGUGUCUGGCCUCCUACUGUGAGACUCACCUGGAGCCUCACCUGACAAUGUCAGGUCUGAAGAGACAUCAGCUGAUGGAGCCUGUUGAGAACCUGGAAGGAAGGAUAUGUGAGAAGCACGACAAACUGCUGGAGCUGUUCUGUAAGAACGACCAGAUGUGUGUCUGCAUGCUCUGCAGUGUUACAGACCACAGGACCCAUGAUGUUUUUCCUCUGAGAGAAGAAUAUGAAGGAAAGAAGGCCGAGCUGGGGAAGACAGAGGCUGAAAUUCAGCAGAUGAUCCAGGAGAGACGACUGAAGAUUGAAGAGCUCAAAGAGUCAGUGGAGCUCAGUAAUAAAAAUGCAGACAGAGAGACCGAUGAAGGUGUGGCAGUCUUCAGGGUUCUGAUGGAAACUGUUGAGGAAGGCCUUAACAUGCUCAUCGAUACCAUCAGAGAGAAGCAGAGAGAGACGGAGGAACAGGCUGAAGGCUUCAUCACAGAGCUGCAAGAGGAAAUCUGUGAGCUGGAGAAGAGGAGCUCUGAGCUGGAGCAGCUCUCACACUCUGAAGACCACCUCCACCUCCUACAAAACUUCACCACCCUGAACGCUGCUCCACCCAUCAAGACCUGGACUGAAGUCCGAGUCCAUCCACUUUCAUAUGAGGGGACUGUGGUGAGAGCUGUGGACCAGCUGGAGGAGACGCUCAGGGAACUGAUGGAGAUGCUGUUUGAGGCCGAGCUGAAGAGAGUCCAGCAGUGUGAGGUGGAUCUGACACUCGAUCCUGAUACAGCACAUCCUGAACUCAUCCUGUCUGAUCAUGGAAAACAAGUCAAACAUGGUGAUGUGAAGAAGAAUCUACCAGACAAUCCAGAGAGAUUUGAUUUUUGUGUUAGUGUCCUAGCAGAGCAGAGUUUGUCUUCAGGCAGAUUUUACUUUGAGGUUCAGGUUAAAGGGAAGACUGAGUGGGAUUUAGGAGUAGUUAGAGAGUCCAUCAACAGGAAAGGCUUAAUCACUCUGACUCCUGCAGAUGGUUUCUGGACAAUUUGUUUGAGAAAUGAAAAUGAGUACAAAGCUUUUGCUGACCCUUCAGUCAAUCUCUGUCUUCAGUCUGAUCCUGAGAAGGUGGGGGUGUUUGUGGACUAUGAGGAGGGUCUGAUCUCUUUUUAUGACGUUGAUGCUGCAGCUCUGAUCUACUCCUUCACCAGCUGCUCCUUCAAAGAAAAACUCUUUCCAUUCUUUAGUCCCUCUCUUAACUAUGCCGGUAAAAACUCUGCCCCUCUGGUCAUUACUCCAGUCACUCACAUUGAGUAGAUGUUAUGAACAAUGAUAUCCAUCAUUACCUCCGCCAAGGAGGUUAUGUUAAUGGUAGCGUUGGUUUGUUUGUCUGUUAGUAACUUUACGGAGAAAGUUACAGACGGAUUGACCUGAAAUUUUCACCAGAGGUGCGUCUCAGCCCCAGGAGGAUCCUAUUACAUUUUAGUGGUGAUCCGGAUCGCCUUCUGGAUCCAGGAAUUUUUUGAAGGAUUCUUUAUCAUUGUGAGAUAGGGCAAAUUUGGGAAUUUUUGCAUUUAACUCUAUAAAAAUGGCCAGAGUCUUUAGUAAAAAAUUACACAAAAGGAUCUCAAUGAGUUUUAUGAGGUGUCAAAGGUUGAUCCUGAUCCAGACAAAAUUCCAGAUACUGUGAUCCAGAAAACACAAAAAUAAGGGUGUCGUUGGAAUUUUCAAUGUUGAAAGAUAACCAAAGAUACAAGGAAGUGUACGCUUACAAAUAUUGCAUAACAAAUCAUGCAUUUAUGUAUCUAAUAUGAGCUUUGUUGUUUUAGGAACAUUAUGAACAGUGAACAUACCAGUUUAAACACUAAUAAAAGUUAAUAAAAGACACGUAACAGUAAAAGUUUUUGUGUAAAUCACAAUAUAAGGGGGGACAUGAGCUGCUCGGCGGAGGUCUGCACUCUCCGAGUCCCUUUCUAGUUAAUAUAAUAAAUCUACAUUAUUAUGAUGUUUUCACUUUCCUUUAAAACUCGCAUCAGUACGGAUACCAACAAUUUAAGUACAUCUUUUUUUUUUUUUUAAAUAUGCAGCAUUACUUCUUUUUUCACUAAACCAAUGUUACAGUUUUGAUCAGUUUAAUCAAGUGUUAUUUUAUCAGUGUUCAUAACUUCUUUACCGUCACACCAGACUGUUAAAUAAGCUCAAAUCGUACUCAUCAUUCAUUAUUCUAAUCUUUAAAGUCUCUCUUAGACGUCGUCUUUCUCUGAUCGUACCAGCAAAUGUCACUAAUAUCAAAGUGUAUUUCUCAGAUAUGUCAAUAAUAAACAACUAAACUAAGA